AUGCAUCAACCAUCUACAAGCCCUACUUCUGAGCUUGAGAUGCUACUUAACUCUACAACCCCCAGAUCUCAGCAUUCACAAACAAGAAAGAAUAAUGAUGAGCUUACACAAUAUCUAGAGAGAGGUCUUGUUUAUACUCCUCCAAGACUCUUCUGGAAAGAGCAUGAGCUUGAAUUUCCAGCACUAUCAAGCCUUGCUCGGGAUAUCCUUUCUAUCCCAGCUAGUGGUGCUGGUGUUGAGCGCCUCUUUAACUCUGCUCGUGAUAUCUGUCAUUAUCGUCGAGGAAACCUCAAAUCUGAUACAAUCAAGGAUCUGAUGAUGUAUAUGUGCACAUCAAAGUUUGAGAUUAAACAAGAGGAGCUAGAUUUGAUAAAAGAGUAUCUCUCAGCUGGUGAAAUUACAGGCAUUGAGGAGGAAAAAGCCCUCUCUCAGCCCCAGGAAGAUUUGGAACCAAUAAGCGACAAUGAGGAAGAUGAUAUACUAUAUAACUCACAGCCUGCAGCACCUAGUGAGCGUGCCCUAGGGAAACGAUGCAGAAGCAUUUCUUCUGAGCCAAGGGAUGAGAUAGACCAUGAGCUUGAUGAUGAUGAUGGUGAUCAUCCUCUACCUAAUAUACCAGAAGAAAAGAGUAGUAUGCAGGCACGUUCAAGAAGAGUUCGGAAACAGCCAAAGAUGCCAGCUGGCUUUGAAAUUGAUAGAUACUAG